AUGUUUGUUCCUUGUCUAUUUUUAAUUAAUACAAUAUUUGACGACAUUAAUGAAAGAAGUCAUGCUGUGAAGUUUUCUUUUUCAACUCCAAAAAUAAUCUCAGCAAAAUGUGUCAUCAAGUGCCUUGAUAAAACCAUGCUAAUGAAGACUCAUUUCGUGAUUAUGUUUGUCUUCACAUAUAUACGUCUACGUCAUUCAGCGUUGACACUUCGAAGACAAAAGCCGCUAAUUUUAGAUUUAACUUAUGUGGAUGUUCUUCAUUGA